CGUUGGCGGGAAGCCGUGGGUGCACCCGGAACCCGGAGUGUUCAUCCGGGAGCCGACCGCCCCAAGCGGCGGCCGCCCGCGACCGCCCGCUGGAUGGCCCAGCCGCCGCCCCCAAAUAGAAAGCGCCCUUUUCUAUGUGCUGUUCAUUCUAGGUAUUUCCAAUUUAUUCCUGACCUGUACAUCUCAACGCCAGGUCAUCUUCAGGUAUGUUCAGGGAGUCCCAUAAUCUUUGAGAUGACUAUUACGAGAAGAUGAGGGGACUCAUCGCCGGACUGCUCUAUUCCUAUCUAUGGUAUGCCAGCAUUCUUGCAGGCUACGCGGUACUAUUCUGUCCACUUCUUCCAGUUCUCUUGAUAUCAAACAGGCUCUACAGAUACCUAACAGAUCUAUUCUUCACGUGUUGGCAACUUUAUCCUACGGCAUUACUCCAGAAGUUAUGUCAUUGCAACUUUGAAGUAACAGGUGAUCCGAUCUACACCGAGGAAACAUCGAUUUUGCUCGUGAAUCACAGAACAAGAACUGAUUGGAAUUUCUUCUGGCCAGCUUUAUACCAUAGUACUAUAGGCAGAGGCAAAUUAUCGCAUUCCACAAAAUUAGUCCUCAAAAAUGGCAUCCGACUCAUUCCGGGAGCAGGCUGGGUCAUGCAGAUGUCACUGUUCAUCUACGUCAAAAGAAAAUGGCAGGAGGAUAAGGAUACUUUACAAAAAUAUAUAAAUUAUAUAACUGACAUCAGAUAUAAGCACAACAUACUACUGUUUCCGGAGGGGACGGAUCUGACGGAGAAAACGAAGAUGGAAAGCGAUAUUUAUGCCAUAAAUCAUAACAAAGAGAAAUACAAAUACGUUUUGCAUCCAAAACCAACGGGAUUCGUACAUCUCUCUCACCAGUUGUUAAAGAAUGGAAAUCUAGAUGCCGUAUAUGACGUCACUUUAAUAUAUCCAGACCGAGUGCCACAAAAUGAACUAUAUCUGUUAACGGGACGAUAUCCUAAACAGAUAAAAAUUCACCUAGCCAGGUAUUCAAAAGAGAUUUUACCAAGGACAGAAGAAGGUUUAAAAAUUUUUUUGGAACAACGCUGGCAAGAAAAAGAAAAUACCAUUAGAGAAUUUUACGACACCGGCAAUUUUCCGCCCGGAAAUACCCUCAGAUGUGAAGGUGACUGGAAGAUUUACGCAGCUCUAGUUUUCUGGACAGUAUUACCAUACAUUACUUUAUAUUAUUUAAUCUUUUCCACUUGGUUUAGAAACCUAGUAUUGGCUCAUACUGCACUUCUGCUAGCAACAAAUAUUGUAUUAGAAGGUUUCCAUAACUUCGAGAUGGCUUUACACAGGUGGAAGAAAAAAACAAUUUUUUGAUCGGAAAUCAAGGGUACGUUAUAAUGUGAUUAAAUUUGAUACGAUGCUUUUGUAGAAACCACUGAAUUCGUUCAUGUUAGAUAGAGAAUGUGCAUUGUACUCGAAAAUCAAACAGCGAAUUUUGAUUGUUUCUGAAGUUGAAGCAUCAUUGAUGGUAGAAAUGCCAUCCAAAGCUACAAUUAUCUCACAAGUUUUAAAUAUUGGAUUAUAUUCUUACAUAGAUAAAGGACAUUUUAACUAUAUUUUAACGAUUUCACUUCAGUGGUUUGACAUUUUUUAAUGUUUUAUUACAAAAUAGCCUCUAAGAUGAUAUACAAAUAAUCGACCAACUUGAAGGGAAAGUGAAAAUUGUAUAUAAAUUUCAUCUGUCUAAAUUGUGGCUUCACAAGUCUAGUAAAUCAAUACUAAAUAUUCCAUUUCGAACAGGAUAUUGGUUAUGUCCAGUCGAUACCUAACAAUAUAUUGACAUAAACAUACUACAUGUUCUUACGUACACAUAAGUCUCAAUAGCAGCUUACAGACAACUUGAAAUUCUCAACCUCAAAUAUGUGUAUCCAACUCAACAAUUAUUGUUGAUUUGAAUAAAUACAGAACCACCUUUUCUCUUAAUGAUUAUUGCAAACUCGAUGUUUCAUAUAAUGUUUUUCUCUCACACUAACUAUUCAGACACCAGAAAAAAUCUUCGUAAUAUUAGAGUAAGGUAAGCUAUAUAUUACCUGAUAGGCAUUUAAAAUCCAUAUAUGUUGAAUGGAAUAUUAGGAUUACACCGUACGAUCUCUCUAAUUUAACUUAAUGUUAAGAUUAGUUGAGUAAGAGUAUUUAUAAUGCAAAACACUGGACAGAAGUUCAGAGGUAGUUGUAUCUUAGAAUAUAAAUUACGUGUCUUCUAAUAUAUACCCUCUUAUGCUUAGACAUAGGUAUAAGUAUAUUCCUUAUAAAAUAGGUGGCAAAUCAAUGAGAAAUAUUUAUAUUGAUUGACUACUUGAAGCAUAUAAACAUUCUUACAUAACUUAUGUGCAAGCCAAUGCGCCAAAAGUUAUAGAAAUGAAUAAAAUGAUCAUUUUUGACCACCUAGAGAAAGCAACGCUAGAUUACUUUCACCAGAAAGCUCUCUGUCAACCACCACGAAAUACACAUGAAUUCAGAGAAACGAGGAAAUUAUCUCCAAAUUUUGACAGCCCGAUGGCAAAUUUUGAAAACAUGCUACAAGAAAAUAUCGAUAUAUAUUUUUAUAUGGCCUUAAAAUCAAAAACAUGAAUAUUCAUUGAAAUGCGUGAAAAUAAAAUAUGUGUAGAUUGGUGACAGAAAAAGAUUUUCUUUGGCGCUCUAGACUAUUCCUUGCAACGUACAAGAACCACUGAAGGAUGGCAACCACCAAGAUGCAAAUAGUGGCCCCUUAUAUUAUAUAUUAGCCCAGUUGGUUACAUAUUUGAAACUUGGCCUUGCCGUCUGUUGUAAGAUAAAUGUCCAUCGUUUUGUCAGGAAAACUAAAGUGCAUCACAUAAAAUGAUUCCUGCCAUCAAUCAAAUGAUAUAUGGUCCGCGCAUUACGAUUUUACACUUCUAAAACGUUAUGAUUGUUUAUCAUAAAACAUUAUGGUCUUUUAACUGUGGAUUACGGUGCCAAAUUAUGAAAUAAAUAAGAUAUAAUACCUGUUACUAGAUCAUAUUAUUAGAGACAAGUAAAUGUUGAUAGAGUAGACAUAUGUGUUUUUGAUUGCUUACUCAAAGAGUUCUGAUUGAAAUUACUCCUGAAACAAGUUAGCUUCCAUUUCGUGGGAAACAGCAGGUCUAGCUAGAAUUUCACCAUUAAUUGGCGUAUUCUCCCAGAAGAUGCCAAACCACAUACUGUAUGUGGUUACAACUUCCAUUGUCACAGCCAUGAUGCCAAGUACCUUCCACGGAAAGAUCACCCUCAACCUACCUCAUGACUAUUCCUAAGAUUUGAUAUUAUCAGAAUUUCUCGACAUCGAAAAGGUUGUUGGUCGUCGGAUUUGCAUGCUUAUUUUUACGAAGUAAUGGCUCCCAACUGGGUUGGGUAUCUUCUGGUGGAAUAUGGUAAUUGUUCAAUCACAAAAGAUCCCAAAUAUGCAAUACGUGUAUAUUAAUUCUGGUAUCCUAGAAUGUAUAGACGUCAAAGAUGACUAUACAAAUGGUGUUAAAAUAAAAAAUGCAAUUAUUUUAUGUUGCCUUUUACUGAGUACCUAAUAGCAUAAAAUUCAGUCAACAGAAUAUUACAAAAAUGAUAUAAAAUUUAUUAAUAUUCCGAAAACGGUAGCUUCCAGCCUAAAUAUGAAUACCAAAUAAAUGAGAAACUUAACAACAGUAUACAAGUUUAGCAUAAUAUAAAUAUAACUAACACAGCUCCAACACAUAAAUGAUAUGAUACCAUAAAUAGCGCCUAUAUGAAUAAAUAUUCUAUCCUAAAACUAAAUCUAUGUACCUUAACCGAAGUUAGCAGGUCAAAAAGUUGCCUGUGAUCGCCAAAUAUCACCUAAAACAAAAUUAUAUAACGAUAAACCUCCGUCCACCUCCUUGGAGAAUAUAUCAAGGCUUGGGAAAUGCAUUAUGAGCUCAGGCUUUGCACAUCGCAUAUACAAUUCUUUAUAUGAUAAUAUGAUCUUAUCCAUGACUUUGAUUAAGACCUUCAGGACUAUUUCAAGGUCAAACCAAGACACUGAAAGCAAUUUGCUCUGGCAGAAAUAUAUGACAGCACACUUGUGAGGUUUGUGGGAUCACCC